UAGCACUGGAGGGAUAUCCUAAACUUUAUGUCAUCAGGCGUGGCGCACGUGUCUCGGAAGCUCAUGCUGGCGAAAUCACUUUAAACGCUUGCACCUGCGAACCAGGGAAAAGUUUUAAAGCUGUAGCAGCUGCAGCGGCGGCGGCAGCAGGAGGAAGGCAUGCCGAGCGUGGCGGAGGACGAUGGAGGGCCCGACCCCGAGCCCUCGUCGCCAACGGCAUUCGCGGCGGCAGUGGCGGGACGCGGCAAGUCGCGGUGCUCGCAGUGCGGGGGACGGAUAGGCGGUGGCAGCGAUGCGGCUUCGCACGAUCCGGUGGACGCUCAAGAGGUGCGCAUGAUGCGGGAGCGCUUCGCGAAGCUGUUACUGGGCGAGGACAUGUCGGGCGGCUCCAAGGGCGUGUGUCCGGCGCUCGCCAUGUCCAACGCCAUCACCAACCUCUCAGUGUCGCUGUUCGGCGAGGGGCUGCGGCUGCGGCCGCUGUCGGCGGACUGCAAGCGGCGGUGGCGCAUGGAGAUGGGGACGAUGCUGUCCGUGUGCCAGCACAUCGUCGAGCUCGUGCCGCACACCCAGACCAUGCCCGACGGCUCAUCGCAAGAGGUGAUGGUGGCGAAGCAGCGCGACGACAUGAAGCAGCAGCUGCCGGCGCUCAAGAAGCUGGACGACAUGCUGCUCGAGAUGCUCGACGACUGCACCUCCACCGAGUACACCUACCCUAACGAAAAGCCCCCCACGCCGCACCGCGCCAAGCCUGACCCGUCCCUCAAUGGCGCGGUGGAGAGGCGGCGCAGCAGCGGGCACGGGGAGGGGUGCACGUGCGCGGAGUGCAGCGUGGGGGAGGGCGAGGGCGGCGGCAAGGACAGGGACCACCACAGGACGCGCUCGGAGUCGUUCGGCCACAGCAGCAAGGCCAAGGGCGGGGCCACACGCAGACAGGCCAGCUUUGGGGGAACCAGCUCUGGGGGUGGGGAAAGCGCAGGGGGGAGCGGAGGAGGGGGCGGGAACAAGAAUGGGUCGGGCGCGAGCGGGGGGGGUGGCGGCGUUAUGAAGGAGUCGAAGACGGGGCGGUGGUGGCGGCCGGUGCCGCGCGUGGCGGCGUGCGGGCUGAGCGAGGAGCUGCGGCGGCACCUGGAGGUGGCCAUGGAGAAAGCCAACCAGGUGGUCAAGCUCGCCAUGGCCAUCAACACGCAGGCGCUCGAAGACAUGGCCGUGCCGGCCGCCUACACCGACAAGCUGCCCAAGUCGGGACGGGCAGCGCUGGGCGACCAGCUGUAUGCGGUGAUCGUGGGCACGGCGUUCAGCGUGGAGCGCGUGCUGGACACCGUCGACCUCACAGACGAACACGCCGCGCUCAAACUCGCCUGCCGCCUCGAAGCCGCCUGCUUCCACUGGCGCCGCGCCACUCAGACCGCCAGAGCCCCCCAGCUGUCGCAUUCGUUCAGCGCGCACUACUCGUCAGGCCCGUCGGCGCGCGACCUGUCCAAGUUUGAGGAGUACGCGAGCCGUGCGGAGGCGUGUCUGCGCAGCAUCAAGGACCGCUGCCCCGCGCUGCCGCAGACCACGCUCGACACCUCCAAGAUCCUCUAUAACUCGGACGUGGGCAAGGCGGUGCUGGAGAGCUACUCGCGCGUGCUGGAGGGCGUGGCCACGUCCGUGCGCUCACGCAUCAACGAUGUGCUGCAUGCGCACCACCUCGCCACCCAGCCUGCCACGUCACCCGCCACCAGCAGCACCAGCACCACCCCCGGGGCAGCACCGCAGCAGGUGGGGAAGGGGGGCGUGGGCCCCAUGGGCGGGUGCGAGCGGCUGCUGGAUUUCAACCUGCAGCUGUCAGAGCUGGCGGCGCCCGACUACGAUGAGGCGGCCAGCGAGGUGGGCACCCCUGUGGGCACGCCCACCAGCGGCGCUGGCAAUCCCCUGGAGUUCCGCCAGCACAGCCUGCCGCUGAGGUUCGGCCUCGAGGCUCGCCUGCAGAUGGAGGCGCGCGCCGCCAUGGACGCCGCCGCCGCCGCCGCUGCUGGGGGGGGCGAAGGGGGAGGGGGAGGAGUGGGCAAUCGCAGCUCGUCACACCUGGGGGGGGGAUAUGCAGCGCAAGCAACAGUACCUGGUGGAAGGGCAGGUGGAGGAGGUGGGGAGGGAGGGGGUUCAGGCAGCCCCAGUGGUGGUCCAGGCAUGGGCAGCGCGGUUGUGCCUCUCAUCCGCUCCAACACCUCCCCCACGCAGCGCCCGUCAGGGGGCUAUGACAUGGCAGCAGUGGCGGCCGCAGCAGCCCAUGCGCAGCAGUACAUGUACGGCGCCCGCGGACCCUCCCCCAUGAAUCCCUACGC